UGCGAUCAGUGUCAGACCGUCAAUCAGUCCGUUCGGACGGCUCAGAGGUCCGUCCCGUGUGGUGUUACAUCCUAUUUUGUGAAGCUUGUCGCGCCAAACCGCAAUACGCACACACACGUGAACGCGCGCACAUACACACAUACACAUACAGGUACGAGAGAGAGAGCGCGCGCGCGCGCUCAUGCACCAGAGAGAGAGGGAGAGAAAGGAAGAAAGAGAGAGAGAACGGUAUUUUCGGUGUUUUGCGCUCGAACCACACAUCUCCCGGGAUAUUUCGAGAGCUACAGUCCGCAGGCGUGGUCGUCACGUGGGACACCCUGUAUAUAUUCGAUACUAUUUGCAUAAAGUUGUCGUUGUUGCCGAUCGAGCUGUGAUAUCGAUGGUGAACGUCACGAGCAAGACAUUCUUGGACAAAUCACACCUGCCAGACAUGAAUUUCUGAAUCUCUACCAAGAAACGCGACGGCAGCGGCUCAAGACAACAUGGCAGCUCGAAUGAAGGCUCUGUACAACCAAGUGCUUUUCGAGAGACGGAUCCUUCUAGGUUGCACCGUUAUGGUGGGACUCUCGUCGUGUAUAUGGUCCAUAGCGAUAGGCACCGAUCAUUGGUAUGGAGUGGAAGCGCCAACUGAUCAAGGUUUGCCUCUGGGUGGUCGCGGCAAAGUUGGCAGAAGAUUGCUCUACAAGCACAUGGGCCUGUGGAGAGGUUGCAUCGACGGGUUGGUGCCCGAAUCGAACAACUCCACGAAUUUAGUUCCUUACAGGGAAUGCAAGAAUUUGGAGAUGUUUCCAACGGAGAUGCAGCUAAAAUUGGAUUCGAGCCUGGAUGCGACAGUCUUGAACUACGCCAGGACUCAGGUCUCGUUCGCCUUGAUCAGCCUCUUCGUCAUGGUGAUGGGAUUCUGCUUUUCGAUUUACACGUUCCGGAAUCCGCGCUACAUGUUCAAACGCCUCGCCGGUGGAAUACACUUCAUAACCGCCUCUUGCAACAUGGUGGUUAUACAGGUGUUGCUCUCCGCGAUCGAGUACGAGAGUAAUCACGUGUUCGAAACCUUCCCGAAGGGCGCGGUUAUGAAGUACGACUACUCGCUUAUCCUCGCGUGGAUCGUGUUCUUGUGCAAUCUCGCGGCCGGUAUUGCCUUCAUGCUUUUCUCGAGGAAAAGGAAGAGGGACAAAGCGCCUACCGAAGAGAUCGCCAUGGCCGACGAGCCGACGAUAAUCGGUCGUUGAAAAAGUUACUUCCUUACUGUUAUUCUUGUUAUUAUUAUUAUUAUUAUUAUUAAUAUUAUUAAUAUUAUUAUUAUCUUGUUAUUGUUACACGUGGAGAAACUGUGAAUUCUGAGUGUGAAUUAUAAACGGUGCUACCGAUAUGCUCAA